ACCGACAAGUUACCGACAACCAGACCGGAAACCAGGGUGGUUACCUUCAAAAUAAAACCUGUAAUUAAACAAGACCGGAAGCCACGGGGUUAUUUUCAAAAUAAAACCUGUAAUUAAACAAGACCGGAAACCAGCGGGUUUAGCUUCAAAAUAAAACCUGUAAUUAAACAAGACCGGAAACCACGGGGGUUAUCUUCAAAAUAAAACCUGUAAUAUAACAAGACCGGAAACCAGCGGGUUUACCUUCAAAAUAAAACCUGUAAUUAAACAAGACCGGAAACCACGGGGUUAUUUUCAAAAUAAAACCUGUAAUUAAACAAGACCGGAAACCAGCGGGUUUAGCUUCAAAAUAAAACCUGUAAUUAAACAAGACCGGAAACCAGCGGGUUUGUCUUCAAAAUAAAACCUAAAAGAUCAGUUGAAUGAUGUUAAUGACUGAGCUGCGUUUCCACCAAGCGGUCCAGUCCAGUCCAGUCCAGUUCAGAGCGUAACACAUUAGAAGACUAGUUAAGACCAGAAACCACAGGAUUACCUUCAAAAUAAAAUAUCACCUGCACUGGAAGUGCUUUACCUUUAAAUAAUCACCUGAGAUCACAAAGUUAAUAAGAUUGGAAACCAGCAGGUGUGCCUUAUAAAAUACGGAAAGCAGAUUAGGUCUUUAUUCAUCUACCUGUCAGUGUUUUACCGCCAGCCGGCGAUAUUAAACCAGUAUUAACAGACGAAUAAUGAGCUAAUUGGCUUCACCUGAGCGACAACAAGACCUUCAAAGUAAAACGUGAAGUAUGUGUGUAGCUUCACGCUGCUGUGGAUGUUGCAGUGAAAUGGAAAAAAGCGAUGACGCGUCCUCUUCACCGGUGACCGAGUCCUCGCCGUGUCAUCACCACCGCCCCUCCCCCUCAGCUGAUGACAUCGCCCGGGGUCAUCAGCAGGUGACACGUUCAGGAGACGGUGAGGAGGUGGCGUCCGGCGCUCUGCCGCAGUGUGUGGAUCUCGCCACCUGUACGCUGUACUCUGGGUCGGAUUACGGCCCGCAAGGACCGAUCAGAGGUUGCUCUGACAUCGAGGAGGCAGGUGACAAUCGGGGGGCGGGGCUUAGUCUGAGAGAUGAUGUCACCCCAACAGACAGGGUCAGUCCAAAGGUUAACUGCUGUCACAGACUGGGUGAUGAUGGCCGGCGUGGGGCUACCGGACGCACCAACCGCCACCUCGACGAGCCCACCUCUUCGAAGGCCUCCCAGGUAGAUCUCAACCCUGCGACCCCCUCAGACUCUGACUCAGACACACAGGAGGCGGAUGUGACAUCUGACCUACCAGAGGUCGGCUCCGAUGAUGACGCCUUCGUCACGGAGCCGCCACCACCGGGCGAGCUGAACCCCCCCACCGCGGCUGCUCGCUCCGGGAACACGUUCGAGUGCGGCCGCAGGCAGAGCGCUCCGGGUCAGCUGGUGCAGGACGACGGGGGUUCAGAGUCUGAGCUGCAGUCCAGGAGACCGGGGAUCAUCGAGUACUUCAACAGCAGGAAGCAGCGGUCCGUCAGUCACAGUGUUGCUGGCUGGAAGCUGUUUGGUAAAGUUCCUCCCAAACAGAGUCCCUCCAAACAGGCUCGGAUCAUCCAGCAGCAGAGCGCUGAGAUCAGCCUGAGCUCUCUGUCCUCUCCAGACCUCCAGGACUCUGGGGAGUUCGAGGCGCGGCAGGUCGCAGCCCGCAGCUCUCCUACCCAUCAUGCCGCUGGGCAGCAGAGCAAGAGGAAGGUGGAUUUUGAGCCGCUGUCGACCACAGCGCUGAUCCUGGAGGACCGACCGCCGAACCUUCCAGCCAAGUCAGCAGAGGAGACCCAGAGACACAGACAGCAGUACGAGCAGAUGGUGGCUGGAGCCAAGAGGAGAGAGCUGAAGGAGGCUCAGAGGAGGCAGCAGCAGAUGAAGGAGAGGUUCAGACAGGAGGAGGUGAUCUCCAACGCCUCGCUGGUCUGGAACCAGCACAUCCUGCCACACUGGGACACCAUGAGGUCGAGUCGUCGUGCCCGGGACCUGUGGUGGGGGGGUUUACCCCCCAGCGUCCGAGGACGAGUCUGGAGCCUCGCCAUUGGCAACGAGCUCAACAUCACUGCAGACCUGUAUGAGAUCUUCCUCUCCAGAGCGAAGGAGAAGUGGAAGAACCUCAGUGAGACAGAGACUGAUGACGGAGCGUCGCUGGCUGACAGUCUGGAGCUCAUCACACGGGACAUCGCCAGAACUUUCGUCUCGCUCUGCGUCUUCCAGAAGGGUGGUCCUUACCACGAUCUGCUGCAAAGCAUUCUGGGAGCUUACACCUGCUACAGACCUGAUGUGGGAUAUGUGCAGGGUAUGUCCUCCAUGGCAGCCAUGUUGAUCCUGAACAUGGACGAGGUCGAAGCCUUUAUUAGCUUCUCCAACCUGAUCAACAGACCCUGUCAGCUGGCUUUUUACAGAGUGGACCACCAGCUGAUGCUCAGGUAUUUCGGGGCCUUCCAGGUGUUUUUCGAGGAGACUCUUCCUCGUCUGUUCCUUCACUUUCAGUCUUCAGGUCUGACUCCUGACCUCUACCUCAUGGACUGGAUCCUGUCUCUCUACACGAAGCCCCUCCCUCUGGACGUAGCGUGCAGAGUUUGGGACGUUUUCUUUCGAGACGGGGAGGAGUUCCUGUUCAGGACAGCUCUGGGGAUCCUGAGACUCUACCAGGACGUCCUGCUGCACAUGGACCUCAUCAGCAUCGCUCAGUUCCUGUCCCGCCUCCCUGAUGAAGAGCUGCUCUCUGAUAGGCUGUUCUCCUGCAUCUCGGCCACGCCCAUGCUGAGCGGGAACAGGAAGUGGAGCCAGGUUUGGUCUUCGUGCAGAGAGUCCGAGAGGAGCAGCAGCUGAUCCAGAGUCCGUCCUGCUGGUUUCAUUUAAACAUGUGUUAUUCUGGGUUUUACAGGAUUAAACUACUCAAAACACUAAAGGACAAA